UUUAUGUCACGCCCAAGUUCAAAUCGAGGGUGCUUGUCUGUUAUCCUCUCAAUAAAGUCAAGUCUUCAGCAUGCACUUCACAUUCAUUCUCAGUCAUUACUUUCCUUCUCUCAUACUCUCACCUUCUGUUCCUCUUCUUUGACCAUUCAUUUAUUCUCCCUCCAUCAAAUCUCAAUCACUACAUUGCAUGUAGCAACUCUCAUUCCUCUAAGCUCUUUUUGGAUUGGUCUUCACUUGCCUAACCUUUUGUAGCAUUUCAUAUUACAACAACAAUACUGCAGUAAAUACCUUUUCUUGUCCACCGAAAACUCUCUCUUACUUCCUGUUAUGAACAACGCUCACUUUUCUCGGGAUCUUUCCUACUCGGAGGAUGACGACGACCUGGUUUUCCAGGACCGUGACGAUGACAUGGAUAUGGCUUAUAGUCAGUCAAUGGAUCAUCAUAGCAUGGGCCUUCAUUACAAUAACACCAUUGGCACCUCUUCCCCUAAUGCAAACUAUCUGACUCCUUACAAUUAUGCUGAUGGCAACAAUCAUAUACACCACAUUAACAACAACAACAGUAACAGCAUCCAUAGUUCUGGACAAAGCACCUAUGCCAAUCAUAGCACUAAUCUCAAUAAUAAUGUUAGUAUUAACGAUCAUAGUAAUAAUAUUAUCAAUGGCGUUCUCCAUAACAACACCAUUGGCAAUCAUGCUACCACCAUUACAAAUCAGUACGACAGCAAUAAUAACAUUGAUAGUAACAGCAACGAGUACUCCAACAAUAACACAAAUCCUCCAGAAAAGAUCCGUAAGAAACCAGGCCGAAAGCCCGGGCCAACUUGCCCUGCUUUACGCAAGGAGCAAAACAGAGCAGCUCAACGGGCCUUCAGAGAUAGGAAAGAGCGCCAUUUGCAUCAGCUUGAAAACAUGAUCAAGGAUCUUAAGAACCAGCACUUUCUUGUUACGAGCGCCUAUCAGCGCGAGAUACGUCAGCUCAAGGCUGCUAUUGAGUCGCUUCAGAGCGAAAACUAUUACCUUCGCGAAGUUGUCUUUGCCUUCGAGUCAGCAUUAAGCAAAAGUAAUCAUCUUGACAUCCUCAAAGAUGUUAAGCAGGAGUUAUUCCGUCGUCAUUAUGAAAAUCGCGCCGCAAACGCUGCUGCCAAAUCCGCAUUAAACGCAUCCCCAGUUCCAGUCACUCCAGCUACUCCGGGUACCCCCAUUACUCCAGCCACACCAGUGACACCAGCGACUGGACCAACAACCCCCCCUGCAGCUUUGGUUGCUUCUUCUGAUAUCCCGAAAAGUACUGCACCAGCAACGCCUCACUCGCCUGCCGGUACUAUGUCCCCAGGCGUUGCAGCUGCGGCUGUUUCUUCGCCUCACCAUGCUUCAUCCUCGUCUUCAUAUGCUGUCACGGCUCCAGCCCCAAUUACAUCCAUCAGCGAUGUUAAUAAUAAUGACAAUAUGGAUACAAGUGAAGACCAUGGAGCAGGACAGAAUCAAUCGCAGAUCCACACCGCUGAGGAAGGUAUCUUAUCGUUGGACGGAGAUAUUUUAUAUAAAGCUCCGCCACUCUUCAUCUCAGAGAUUUCAGGUGAUGGAAAAGCAGGCGUACCAUCAUCCCUCUAUGUCCCGUUGUCUGUGCCACGACCCACAUAUCGCCCACCUGGUACGACUUUACCCAAGCAUACGGAUUACACAAAGCACCCAACCGUCUUUGAUGAGUUGCAGUCAUCGCUCUUUCCACCUGGAACAUUGGAAUCGUUUCAUAUUAGUAUGGCAACUCCACAGGAGGUCGUCAGUGAUGAUUCGUUGUUUGCAGAUCCAACGCAAACGGGGGAUGGGACUUCUACAUCUCAAUCUAUUGGACACGAUAAAGACGGUAGCGAGUCCCCGUUAGUGAAUGUUAAGGAAUUGGAUGAUGGCAGCGAUGAUGAACAGUUUUUCCACUGGGUUUCUUCAACAUUGGGAAUCAAAAAGGAAGUUGCACGGGAGCAUCGGUUGCGAAAAGAGUUUAGGAUCCUCGCGCAGGCUAAACCACAGGAGAAUCCGAAUAUUGAUCCACAUAUCUAUGAAUUACCACACGAUCCACGCAUUGACUUUAUCCCCUGUGCCAAGCUGCGCGCACAGAUGAUUGUACAUCAGCAUCGAUACGAUCCAGACGAAUUAUUCCAGCUGUUGAUUGAUGGAGCGAUCUGUCAUGGACCGCCACUCCAUAAAGAUAGCUGGCAGUUACCCGAGGCUUUCUUUGAGCGAUUUGGUUUUCUGUUGGGUCUGGAGUUGGAGCGCAUUAGAAACAAGAAAUGGCCUCCCAAGAAGGACUAGUUACAAGGAUAACAACAACAUCAUUCAAGAGGCCUUCCAGCUACAUCUACAUGCAUUCAUAUAAUUGGAUUUGUAUGUUUGUGCGUAUUUCUUCCUUUCAGCAUCUCGUCUACAUUAUUCGCAUAUCUUUCAUUCUUUUGUUUCAUCAAACUUGUAUCAUAAUCUUUUCUUGACAAUCGAGGAAAGAAAGAAAAAAAGACAGAUAAUAUAUAUGUUAUAGUACUAAACCCAUAACCUUCUAGAGCUUUUUCUAUUUGCACUCAUUUUUUCG